AUGGCUCCCAUCCGACGAUACCUUCGCAUCAGCAAAUACUCAGUCUUGGAAUGUCGCAUUUACCUAGAAACCCCAUCUGAUUCACGAUGGCUACUCAACUCUCGCGAUCCGGUCCUCCCGCGCAUCAUCGCUGCUAUUCAACCGCUGGUCCUGCCAAAGCUGCGAGAAGAGAACGAGCGGCUAUUCCAGCGCAAGAAGGGAAAACCAGUGAAGGAUGUCAUUUCAGAAGAUGACUUCGAGGUGGCCAUCUUCCUUCGCGAAUCCCGUACCCGUCAUUCUCUCCUCACGCGAAACAAGACAUUCCACGGAAAAGGAAACCAAAACCAAGACUUGAAUUCGGAGCUGAAGCAAGAAGCUGACUCAGGUGACACAAUUACCAACCCGGUUAGCUCAGCAAACGGCGGAAUUAUGAUCGAGAGCGACAGUGAGCCUGAUCUGGACUUGCAUGAUAUCCCUGAAUCUGGCGAUGAAGACGCAGUGCAGGAUGCGCAACAGUCAGACAGACGGGGUCGGACAGCCAAGACAGGCCGGGUACAGCCGGAGGAUGAGACUGGUGAAGACGAAAAGAAGCUUGGUUUCAGUACCCAUUAUGAGAGCUUCAAUAUCUGCGGAUGGGUGUUGUGUUUGUUGAUCACCCGCAAGGGGGCUAGAAGCAAACAACCAAGUGCUGUGAACUCCGAGUCAUCUCGACAACCGCUCAUGGAAGAAUGGAUUUCAACUCAAGCUCAGGCAUCUGUUGACGAGGAUUGA